AUGUUUUGGGUUGGCCGUUUCCGGUCCAGGCUGUGCCACCUGUCGCCUACUGGUGCUCGUAGGAGAAACAUGCAACACGCUGCAGCAUCCCAAUGGUUGAAGGAGCUGGUGGUGCGGCUUCCGGCUCAGCUACGGGAAGGUCUAGUGGCACAUAGAGGCUUUCACUGCCCAGAGCUGCUUGAUAAGCGUCCCUUGGAGUGCACUUUGCCUGCGCUGGCUUCAGCGUGGGAUGCUGGAGUCAAGCUUUGCGAAUGCGAUGUUCGACUAAGCUCGGACGGCGAGAUUCUUCUGUUUCACGACGAAGCCCUGGAUCGGCUGACGGCAAGGACCGGUAUGCCAAAGAUCGCAGAGAUGACUGCAGAAGAGCUCAUGCAGAGGCCAUUGCUCCAAGGAGCUUGUAUUUGUUCUUUGCAGGAGACCCUCCAGACUGCACUUCGCAAAAAGGGUAAACUGGUCAUUGAACUGAAAGGCUUUGAUGAUGGUGGUGUUGGACGCGCAGUGGCCGUACUCCUGUCCUCGCAUCCAGAGCUGGUUGGAGCAUGUGCACUGGUCAUGUCCUUUGAGCUCGAGCAGUUGCGGGGCUUCGCGCUUGCCUUCGAAGAACAGCGAAAAUUGAGAUCAGGGCUGCAGCGCCCGCAGCUACUACUGCUGACGUGCGUCCCGCGGCCAGGUUUGGAAGCAAGGUAUCAAACUCUUGAUUUGGGAAGCUCUUCGUAUAUGGAAACUGUUGUGGAGCACCUGGAACGAAAGGACUUGUGCCUUGACGGAUUUUACAUGGAAUGGACUGAACGGCUGACCAACAUUGAUAAGGAAGCCUUGCGCCACCUCUGUCGGCGUUGCACGGUAGGUGUGUGGCAGCGAUUCGGACAGACAGACUGCGAGAAGGAGGCAGUGCAGCUCAUGGAGUCAGGAGUGAUGUACUGCAAUUCCGACUUGCCUGAUGACUUCCUGUCCAAAGGGACAGGCUGCUGA